AUGAGCGAUCCCAGCGGAGAAUAUACCUACAUCUGCUCAGCAGGGCCAAGGAGAUCAAUGGUCCUGCUCUUCUCUGAUGGCACUCCUAGGCAACACAGAAAGGAUAUCAGGCCUGACAUGGUCUCCACGGUGAAAAAGCCAGGGACGGACGAAUCCUUUUAUGGUAACAGAGUGGAAGGGGCCCUCUUCACUUGCGAACUGCGAAGCGGCAGAAUGGGAGGAAGCAAGACCGUGUACUGGAUGAUUGACCCCAAAUGGCAAAGCCAAAAGCCCGACGUCGGGCAACGGGUCGGAUGGGCGACGACUGUCAGAGUGGCUGCAGGCGCAAACGCUUGGAGCAUGGUGCCAGUGUGGGCUUCGGACCGGUGGGAUUUGGGCACUGACUCAUGCACCAGGGAGAAGAUUGUGGCCAUGUAUUACUUCCAGAACGAUUAUGGUCGCGGCCGGCCUGGCAAGCCCUGUGGCAUGUUGGACGUUCCUACUACCCCAAGACCAAGAUCGAGGUCGGAGACAAGGUAUACAGUCGUUCAGACGUGGGAUCGCGAGAUUGUGGAUGAUGAGCGAUAG